AAAAGUAAUGAACCUCCUUAAUGUGCAUUAAGACUUAUUAUAUAAAUAUAUAUGGAAAGAGAAAAUGUCAACACCCACCACCAUCGUCAUCACCCCUUGUUGUCGUGAUCAGCUGGCGCGAUGAUGCCUGCACACUGCACAACGCCGCGCUAUUCUCUACACGAGUGCACCAUCUGUGUACCAUCAUGCACAUUUGUGAACGUGUUCCCAUCCACAAAAUACGUAUCUCAUAUCAGCACUAACAUCGCGGAUCUGAAUUCAGUCAUGGGACAAUCAAUUCAUGGCGGCGGGCUCUCUGUAUGUCAGGACCAGCUUACCCCACCAAUUUGUUCUACAACACUUUGUUCUUACUUUGAGUCUUGUUGAGCAGAUCCCACGCCACCGACGUCCUCUGCAAAACUUACACAUUUUAUUUUUCAUUGCUUAUUUCCAUGCAUCACGAUUGACUGUUUUCAAGUGCGACGGAGAUAACCAGCCGGGUUCUCGUGGGUGUUUUCUGCCGAUGAUGUGAAUGCUCAUUAUUGAUAAUCUUACCACUGGAAUCGUGGAAAUACUAUUAAAACGCCCAGUAAUUUCCAUAAGAGUAUAUUUAAAGCAGGUGAGAUGAGGCACUAAAGUGUUGGAGAAUACGACUCUUGCUCAGAAAAGGAAAACGUCACGUAAGUUCACUUAGUACAGUACCGGCAGCGAUCGCUUGGUCCCGCUGCGUAGCUUAUACUACGUACUGUUCAUUGUCGCUAGAGGCACAGGCCCCUCGCACGCGGCCGAGUUGAAAGGGCAAGCCAUGGUUCCUGUCACCAUCGGGUGCCUAACUGGUGGUGUCCAGUGUGUGGCGGAGGCUCCGACAUUGUUAUGGUGACUCGAUCUCAACAGCAGAGAGACAAGUGUUUGACUUCCUGGGUUACAUGUGGCUGCCCAUCAUUGCCAACUUCUUCAACUUCAUCCUUGUGAUAUUUGGCUUCUUUGGCGCCUACCAGUACAAAACUAAAUAUGUAAUAAUUUACUUGGCAUGGGAGUUGGUGUGGCUUGGAUGGAAUGUGUUUGUGAUCUGCUUCUACCUCAACGUGGGGGUCCUGGAGAACAGCCGAGACUGGCUCAACUUUGGGACCGGCAGUGCAUCCUGGUGGGAGGUAAAUGGCUUUGGUUGCCGAGCAGUGUAUCCCACCAACUUGACCACCCUGGAUCCACUGCGGCCGAUGCGUCCGCUGCGUGUCCAUGACUGUCUGGUGGACUACCAGUACGUUGAGACCAUCCAUGCCGGUGUGCAGUGUGGCUUUGCUGUUCUGGGCCUCUUUGCAGCCAUUUACCUGAUCAAAGUUUUUGCAGAGGAGGAUGACAGCUUCGACUUUAUUGGCGGGUUUGAGCAGGGCGUGACUGGUAACAUGGCUGUUCAGCCCACGUAUGCCAGGUAUUACUGCCUCUCUGGGGUGCCCGUGUGCCCGGCAGGGUGCCCCUGCCCGGGGGCCCCUGUCCUGCAUGGCUCCCUCCUCCUUCACCACCACCAUUACCAGCCUCCCUCCCCCUCCACUGGGUCCUCACCAGCUUGUGCCACACACACACAUGGGUCCCGGCCACCCGGGGCCCCUUGCUGUGCACUCAAGUAAUGGUGCUGAGA